AACAAAUAAACUUAAACUAUAAAAUAUAAUGCUACUCACUUACAGUAAGCACAAUAUUCUUUGCUUCGUCAGCACUGGCAUUAUGUACGUUACAUUUCAACUAAAACGGAAAAAUAUGACUAAUUUAUUGGUUUUCUAUUUGAUGGCACUGACAUUUUCGUCAGUGUGUUUGGCGUCGAAGCAUAUUGUUUUAUUUUCCGACGAUGAAAACAAUUUGCAAGUGGCAGAUGGAAAAAUAAAUGCUGAAAAGAUCCUUCACCUUAACAUCACUGAAGAUUGUAUUGAUAAAAAUCUGGGUGUAUGUAUACCAAAAACAAAAGGCCAUGACAACUAUUUGCGUUACUUUUCACGAUCAGAGAAGCGAGAAUGUCAGAACUACGAGCAAGUAGCUCAAUCGAAAAAUGAUAUCUUGCAAUUUUGUAUUGAUAUGGGAGACAGUUCUUGGUACGGUGGGGCCGAAACUACCUAUCAGUAUUGGCCAUUGAAUAAUCUUAAUUGGACGAAUAAUCCAUACGUAACCAAAUCAUCGGGCGACCAAGCAGUCAUCGAGUCUUAUUUCUUCAACUCUGACGGAUUUUCCAUCCAUAUCGACGAGUCGGUUCCCCUUUUCGUAGAUAUAAACAGUCAGCAACUGGGUCAGAUGUGUUUUACAUCCAAAGUCACUGCUCCAUAUAAAAAAACAAGAAAUGCGAUGCUAUACCAAAUUUGCAGUUACCAAAACGCUCGAGUAGCACACGAAAGAGCUAUUAAAGAUUUCCUCGGCAUGCCUUCGCAAAUACCUGAUCCAUACGUUGUAAAGUAUCCAAUUUGGUCUACAUGGGCGAGGUAUAAAGUCAACGUCAACACGUCGUCUGUCCGAGAGUUUGCUCAAGAAAUCGUCGAUCACGGAUUCCCUAGAGGUACAGUCGAAAUCGAUGACAACUGGGAGACUUGCUACGGCAGUGCAGAAUUCAAUACCUCAAGGUUCUCAAACAUAUCGGAGCUCGUCAAAGACUUGAAAUCAAAAGGUUUCAAGACAUCUUUGUGGACACAUCCAUUCAUAAAUUUGGAAUGUCCUACUCACGAGGUGGCAAAACAGAAGGGAUACUUUGUGAAAAGUGCAUCAGACACAGUGAAUUCUACGUGGUGGAAUGGCAAUGGCUCUUACAUAGACUUUACAAAUCCCGAAGCAGCAACUUGGUGGUCUAAUGCUCUUCGUGAUUUACUCGCAAAAACUGGUAUCGAUACAUUUAAGUUUGAUGCAGGAGAAACCAGUUGGAGCCCGCAACUCCCUGAAUUUCACGAUAACGAUCUGACUUACUACCCUGAUAACAUCGUAAACGCGUAUAUUAAAACCCUUGUGUCUUUCGGUCAUGGAAUUGAGUACAGAGUAUCCAGAAGAAGUCAAGAAUUUGGUGGUCUUUUAAGAAUGAUCGACCGCGAGUCUCGCUGGGAUUACAAACUCGGACUACCCACUUUGAUAACAGCUCUGAUACAAUUGAAUAUGAUCGGAUAUCCAUUCGUAUUGCCUGAUAUGAUCGGUGGAAACGGUUACUACAAUGCGCCGCCGUCCAAAGAGAUGUACAUUAGAUGGAUGCAAGCAAAUGUAUUCAUGCCAGUCGUACAGUUUUCGUACACACCUUGGGAUUUCGACCAACAGACGGUCGAUAUAUGCAGAAAUUUAAUGAAUCUCCGAGCUAAUUAUACAGACACCAUUAUCGAGCUGAUGAGAAGCAGUGUAGGUAUUGGUAGUCCAUUGAAUCCUCCAGUCUGGUGGAUCGACCCCACAGAUCCAAUUGCACAAACAAUUGCUGACGAAUAUCUCUUGGGUGAAAAUAUUCUCGUUGCUCCAGUGAUUGUCCAAGGUGCUAAGUCCCGAGAUGUCUAUUUGCCUUCUGGGAUGUGGAGAGAUGAAAAUCAUCCCAAUUCACAUCUGAUUAUGGGUAGAAAGUGGUUACGCAAUUAUCCUGCCAAGCUUGAUGUUCUUCCGUGGUUUACCAGAGUGAAGGCUUUUCACCAUACGUCCCAAUGAAUUUAAUGUAAUGUGAUUUCCGAAUGAAAUUUUAUAAAUUUUAUUUAUCUGUAUGGAAAAAUUAAAUACAGUUAUUUUUUUAAAA